UCGGCCUCAGACAACAACUUGAAGUGCUAUUUGCCGACUGAAAUGCAAUUCGCGCCGCCGAAGAGGUGUGGCCUCGAGGCUGAGAUUCUUGGAAAGAUUACUAAAUCGUUUCCUCAGUCGCCAUCAAUACCUCCGCCACAAAGAGGUCGGCCAUCGAAGGCAUCUCAACAACAGAUGCAACAAAUGAAACAACAGAUUGUUGUCAUCACCGGAGAGAAUGUGAUCGAAGAGGGAGUGAUUAUAGAACAGGAGGGAGAGAACAAUAACAUGCAAAACAAUCCGAUCCAAAGGUCUCGCAAACAGCAGAUCGAAACCAUUCACACAGAAGACGAUACAAAUGGCAACGAAAAAGCGGAGCCAGUGGUCAAACGCGGUAAACAAGAAGUCGUCGCUACCACUACAGCCACCGCCGCCACUACUGGCCGUACGACUCGUGCGGCCGUUAAAGGCGUAACAAACGCGUCGACAGACAAAACUGCCGACACAUCCGUCGCUGAGAAAGAAAAAGAAGAUUUAGAGGACGAAGAAGAAGACGAAGAAGAGAUGGAAGCGAUCGAAGAAAAGGACACAUCGGCUCAGUCUUCGCAGAAGCGAACCCGUGGCCGACCGCCGAAGAAUGUGGCGCCGGUGGCCGUCGCCGCGUCACCAGAAGACGAUUCAUCGCCUCAACGAAAAUCGGCCCGAAUUGCAAGAAAGGUUCCUUCGCAAAGGUCUCCCUCUCCCGAAGACUCUCCACCGCCGCCGACGGCUCGCGGUAGGGGUCGCGGCAGAGGACGCGGCAAACGAUAAAAAAUGAAUAUGAAGUCAACCCUAUAUUUUAACUUCAAAUGAAAAAUCAUUUAUUCAUUUUAUUAUUUAAAUACAAGUAAUCAAUCAUUUCUUCAUUUUAAGACAAUUAUUAAAUGUCUAAUAAAAACGAUUUGCAAAUAUUUUUAACAAUUUAUAAACAAUUAAAUUUCAUACAAUUAUUUUAAUUGUAUCUUAAAAUUUGGUCCC